GAUUCUUGCUAUGAGCUGUCUAGGCUAUGGAAGCCCCUUGAGUUCACCAACUCUGAAUUUGUUUAGUCAAGGCCAUAUCACAGUGGAGGUUCCUUCCUCCCUUCAGAGAAAGGCGCCUCUCUCCUUGAUGGCCUGAUCCUUCUGCUGGGGUGUUGUUCACCAGGAUCCUUCAUUUAGAUUGUUUUUUGCCACCGUGUCAUGGCUUUCCAUGCCUGCGAGACUCUCAUGGACCUUUUAGUCAGAUCCGAAUGUCCCAAGGGUUGAUUCUGAGGCAGGAGUGCUGUUUUGGGCAUUUGCCAUUCUAUGAGUCUGCUGUGUGUCCUGCUUCCCCCGCAGGAUCAUUCUCUCCCUUUUGAUUCUAUCUUUCAUUAUUUGCUUACACUGGUCUUAUUUGUGUAAUCUCUUCGACACUUACCCUAUCUUUUUGAUCAGUUGUGUAUUUAUAUUUGUCACUUUACCAAGUGUGCUGGCAUUGGUACCUGCCUCCUUGGUAAGAUUGAGUUGAAAUCCCCUGGCACGUUUCCAGUUCCACCAUUGGAGGUAGGUCUGAGUGAGUAUGUGCCAUCCUAUAUAUCUCCUCCCUCUCUUAUUCCCACUCCCAUGUUCCACAGAGAUCAAUUUCCUGUUAUUUUUUAAACGCUUAAGAAUGGUUGUGCAUUGAUUGCAGAGUUCAACCAAUGGUCUUGUGUAGAGCAUGGUUUGCUUUGCUUUUCUAGAUCUUUGAGAUGUGCCAUUAGAUUGGAUAUUUGAUAUCUUUCUAUUUUAUAUAGAUAUUUUAUUGCUAUAAAUUUCCUUCAUCAUGGUAUUUUUGCUAUAUCCCAUAAACUUUUGAAUGUUAUUUUUCCAUUUUCAUUAGUUUUAAGUGAUUUUUAAAUGCCCUUUUAAUUCUUCAGUGACCCAUGUUCAUUCAGGACCAUGUUUGUUCAAUCUCUAUGUAUUUGUAUAAUUUCUUCAUUUCUUUGUUAAGGAUGAGUUUUACUUUACUCCAUUGUGGUCAAAAAACAAAAUAGAUGAUGUGAUUUCAGUUUCUUUGACCUUGUUGAGACUUGUUUGAUGGCCUAGUAUAUGUUCUAUCCUAGAGAAUGUUCUAUGUGUGUUCUGUAGCUGUUGGACAGUCUUUCAUUUCAUCUGUUGUGGUAUUUAAGUCUGUGUUUCUUUUGACUUUCAUCUAUCCACUGAUGAAAGUAGGGCUUGAAGUUCCCCCACUAUUAUUGUGUUGGAGCUUAUCUCUCAUUUUAUACCUAAGAAUGUCUAUUUUAUAAAAUUGGGUGCACCAGCAUUAGGUGCACAAACAUUUUGCAAAGGUCAUAUAUUGUUAUUGAGUGGAUCUCUUGGUCAUUUAAUAGUAACUACUUUUGUCUCUUUUUACAAUUUUUAUCUUAAAAUCUGUUUUGUCUGACAUAAGUAUAGCCACUCCUGCUCACUUUUGCUUUGUUUGCCUGGAAUAUUGUUUUCUAUUCUUUCACUUUCAAUCUGUGUGUCUUUAUUGGUGAAAUGGGCUUCCUGAAGACAGCGUAUUUUUUGAGUCUUGUGUUUUUAAUCUAUCCAGUCUUUUUUCUUUUAGCAUUUUUUAAUUUGUAUAAAUACAAAGAGAACAAAUUUCACAUACUACAUAGAUACAAUUCUAAGAAGAUAACAAUACCUCCCUUCUCCCUUCCCCAAUCCCUUGCCUUCCCUCCCUUCUUUUCUUUUCAUUAAUUUUUGCAAAGACAUAAUUUUAAUCCAUUCUGUAAUCACAGGCUUAAUUCACAACUACCCAUAAUAUUCAACAGGUAAAAAGUAGGAAUACCACAGUUUCACAGGAGUAUAAACAAGGACUAAAACUGACAACCAUAUCAUAAGAUGUCCAUUUCAUUCCUGUGCAUAUUUUGUAUUCAGUAUUAAAUGCCACAUAUCAGAGAAUAGUAUAUUUGUCUUUUUGAAACUGGCUUAUUUCCCUAAGCAUAAUAGGUUUCUGUUGCAUCCAUAUUGUUGAAAAAGACAGGAUUUCAUCAGCUGAUAACUGGAUAAAAGAAAAUGUGAUAUAUAUACAUUAUGAAAUACUACUAUGGAUCUAUGGAUCCAUAGUUUGUUAAUGUGAUCUAUCACAUUUUUUGAUUUGCAUAUGUUGAAACAUCCCUGCAUAUCAGGGAUAAAUCCCCCCUCGUCUGGGUGAAUGACCUUUCUGAUGUGUUGUUGGAUUCAAAUUGCUAGUAUUUUGAUGAGGGCUUUUGCAUCUAUGUUCACAAGGGAUAUUGGUCUACAGUUCUCUCUGUUUUAUUUUUUUCUGGUUUUGAACUGAUGCUGGCCUCAUAGAAAGAGUUUGGGAGGAUUCCCUCCCUUCAAUUUUUUUGAAUAGUUUGAUAAUUAGUUCUUUAAAAGUUUGGUCAAAUUCAGUAGUGAAACCAUCUGACCCUGGGCUUUUCUUUGUUGGAAGUUUUUUAUUACUGAUUCAGUCUCUAUCUUUCUCAUUUGUCUAUUUAGGUUUCCUAAGUCUCCAUGGCUCAAUUUUGGUAGAUUGUAUGUGUCCAAAAACCUAUCCAUUUCUUCUAGAUUUUCUAAUUUGUUGGCAUAUAUUAAUUCCUGAUGAUGCUUUUUAUUUCUGUUAUCUGUUGUUACAUUUCCUUUUUCAUCUCUGAUUUUUAUUAAUUUGGGUCUUCUCACUUUUUUUGGUUAGUUGGGUCAAUAGUGUAUUAAUUUUAUUUUUUCAAGAAAACCAACUCUUCAUUUCACUAAUCUCUUGUAUUUUUGUUUCAGUUUUAUUUCUUCUCUAUAACAGUUUCUUUCCUCCUACUGAUUUGGGUUUUGAUUUGUUCUUGUUUUUUCAAGAUCCUUAAGAUGCUUUGUUAGGUCAUUUUUCUGAUGUCUUUCCAAUUUCUUGAUAUAGGUACUAAUUGCUGUAAGUAUCUCCCUUAACACUGAUUUUGCUGUAUUCCAAAUGUUUUGAUAUGUUGUGUGGUCAUAAUCGAUCAUUCUAGGGAUUUUUUAAAUUUUUGUUUUGACUUCUAUGACUCACUGUUCAUUCAGAAUCAUGUUGUUCAGCCUCCAUGUGUUUGCAUAUCUUUAGUCUCUUAAGCUGUUAAUUUCCAGUUUCAUUCCAUUGUAGUCAGAAAAGAUACAUGGUAUCAUUUCAGUGUUUUUGAAUUUGUUGACUUGCUGUGUGGCCUAGCAUAUGAUCUAACCUAGAGAAAAUUCAUGCACUGAUAAAAGCAAUGGAUGUUCUGUUUCUGUGGGAUUAAAUGUUCUGUAGAUAUCAGGUCUACUUAGCCUGUAGUAUAGAUUAGCUCUAUUGUUUCUUUGUUGAUUUUCUGUCUAGUUGAUCUGUCCUUUGAUGAAAGUAGGGUGUUGAAGUCCCCCCAUUAUUGUUGUAUUAGAGCCUGUCUCCCUUUAGAUCCAUUAACAUUUGCUUUAAAGAGCUAGGUACCCUGGCCUUGGGUGCAUAAACAUUUACUAUAGUUACAACUUCCUAUUGAAUUGAUCCCUUAAUCAUUACAUAAUGCCCUUUUCUGUCCCUUAACAAUUUUUGUGUUAAAUUCUAUUUUGUCUGAUAUUAGUAUGAUUACUCCUGCUCUGUUUUGAUUUUGAUUGGCAUGGAAUAUCCUUUUCUAUUCUUUCACUUUCAGUCUGCAUGUAUCUGCAGUGAGGUGUGUUUCUUGUAGGCAGCAAAUAGAUGAGUCUUGUUUUUUAAUCCUUUCAGCUAGUCUGUAUCUUUUACAUUCAAGGUUAUUAUUGAUAAGUAACAACUUGAUCCUGCCAUUUUUCCAUAAAUAUUCCUAUUAUUCACUUUGGAUUUCUUUUACUAGGAGAUUUUCAGCCUUCACAUUCUUUCUGAUUGUGGCUAUUGUUCUGUUUCUGUUAGUCUAAUUGGGGUGCCUCAGAAGGUAAUCUGCAUUUCUUUUGUGCACAUUUUAGAAUAUUUUUUUAUGUUUUGUUGUUGACUAUAAUGUAUCAUGGUGAAGAUCCUUUCUGAUUGUAUCUACUAGGAGUUCUAUGUGCUUCCAAUAUUUGGAUGUCCCUUUUUCCAGAUUAGGGAAGUUUUUUGCUAUUAUAUAACUGAGUAGGCCUUCUCCAUUGUCAUUUUCCAUACCUUCAGGAACUCUUAAGACAUGUUUGUUUGGUCAUUUGAUAUUAUCUCAUAAAUCUCAAGUACUGUUUUCAGUUUUUCUAAUUUUACUUAUUUUAUUUUCUGACUGAGAUAUUUCCAAGACUGUUGUUAAGACUUUCCACAGUAUUUUUAUUUUUUUUAUUUGACAGGUAGAGUUAGACAGUGAGAGAGAGAGACAGACAGAAAGGUCUUCCUUCCAUUGCCUCACUUCCCAAAUGGGCAUUACGGCCGGCGUUGCGCCGAUCCGAAGCCAGGAGCCAGGUGCUUCUUCCUGGUCUCUCAUACAGGUGCAGGUGCCCAAGACCUUGAGCCAUCCUCCACUGCCUUCCCGGGCCAUAGCAGAGAGCUGGACUGGAAGAGGAGCAACGGGGACUAGAACCCAGUGCCCAAAUGGGAUGCUGGUGCCACAGAAGGAGGAUUAACCAAGUGAGCCACGGUAUUGGCCCAUCCACUGUAUUUUCUAUUUGACAUAUUGAAUUCUUCAACUCAAAUACUUAAGUUUAAUUUAUCUUCAAUAUAUCUAUCUUGUGACAAGAUUUUUCAUCCAUGUCGUGUAUGGAUUUCUUUAACUCAUAUAUUUCCUUCUCUGUUUUUGAGUGAUCUUAUGAUCAUUCUUUUGAAUUCCUUUUAAUGCAUUCCAUCAUUCUCUCCAUAUUCACAUUGUUUUUUUUAAUCUUUGCAUUAUAGUAUUGAAGUGCUGCUAUUUUCCUUUUGGAGACUCAUAUUGUUUUCCUUAUUCUUGUUUCUUGUAUUUUUAUGUUUAUUUUUAGGCAUUUGCAGAGAAUCUUACUGAUUUUCUCCUCUGAUGGCUUUCAUCUUUGAAACAUGCCUCGUGGCUUAGUGGAGUAUCUGCUCCUUCAGUGGAUAUCCAGAAGCAUGUGCUGAGUGGGGCCAGGAAGCUGUGGUCAUUGCUCCAGGGUGUGGCAAGAAUCUUGGGUGACACCCAAGUUGGGCAUGGUAGAUCUCUAUUCUUAGCAGGGUGGAGGGUAUGAUCAUGUCGGCUGGCAUGAUCACAGCCUCACUUCUCUUCCAGGUGGUCAAUGCCCAGGGUUAGCCCAUGUGGCUACACAGCCCUCCUACACAGAGACAUGAACCACACAAAGGAUCCACAAUGUCAUCAGUGGGAGCACAGAACCCUCUGCAGUGAACCACCCAGACACUCAAAUAAACUGAGCUUUGAAGCCAGACACAGUGAUUGAGCAGAGACCCAGCUACACCCCACACCCUAUCAUACAGUCAGAGAAUUCCCAUAGUCAUAAGUUGCAAUGUUCCCAUAGUCACUGGGAGUAGGGGAUCCAGUCUCAGCCCCACAAGCUUGCCCUGUCCAUGGAGAGAGCAGAGGUAUUCCCAGAGCCAGCUGCCUGUCAAUACUCUUCCUUGGCAGUCUCAGUCUGGGUGCCUAUGAUAGAGUCAAGAGGGUGAGGGGAAGCACCUCACAGUCUCAAGUGGAUGCCCCACCCCCUGCCAACUGUGCAGGCCAGACUCAAAGUCAGUGGGGGACUGCAGAUAUAUUCCUCUAGUAAAAUUCUCUAUUGUGCACACACAUGAGGCACCACAGCCUCUACUCAUGUUAAUAAGAUGGUACUUCUUCUGUGCCAGUUGCCAGUUGCCUUUAUUAGGGAAUGGGGAGAAACAAGUGUGCUCUCCCUUCAUGAGCUAGGUGGACUCUCCCUACCCCACAAGCACUCCAAGCUGAACUCAAAGUCAGUGUGGUCCGCAAGGUUCUCCAUCAGGCACUAUCCCCAGUGACACAGGUUGCCACAGUCUCCUCUUACCUUGCUCCAAAAAGAUGACGUCUCCUGUACCCCUGGCUGUGAGAGUCACCGGUGGUAUCCCUGCUCACUGUUGCAUGCUUGCAGCAUCCACCCUGCUCCAUGGUGUAUCUCUUCUUCAGAAUUUCUGCAAACUUUUCUCCAACUCUUCCGCAAGAAUGUAGACACUCUGCCUUUCCGCCUUUUGUUAUCUUCCUUUGGUCAAAAUCAGCAUACCUUUUUUUCUGUUCUGUCAUCUUGGAUCCCCCUCAGUCUAUUUCUUUUAAUUGGGGGAUUUAGUGCAUUUACUUUCCCUUUUUUUUUUUUUUUUUUUUUUUUUUUUUUACAGGCAGAGUUAGUGAUAUAAACAGAGAAAGCUCUUCCUUUUGUUGGUUCACCCCCCAAAUGGCUGCUAUAGCCGGCGCGCUGUGCUAAUCCAAAGCCAGGAGCCAGGCACUUCCUCCUGGUCUCCCAUGCUAGUGCAGGGGCCCAAGCACUUGGGCCAUCCUCCACUGCCUUCGCAGGCCACAGCAGAGAGCUGGACUGGAAGAGGAGCAACCGAGACAGAACCCGCGCCCCAACCAGGACUAGAACCUGGAGUACUGGCACUGCAGGCGGAGGAUUAGCCUAGUGAGCCGCAGCACCGGCCGUACAUUUACUUUCAAGGUAAAAUAUCAUCUGCGUUUUAUUAGGGUACAGAGGACUGUUUGGUGGCCAGACAGACCAGGCUGGAAAACAGACUUCCUCUUUCCUAAUCGUCCUUCUGUAGGACCCAGGAACCCAAAUUAUCCUGAAGGAGGAAGUCCUGGGUAUAUCAGAGAAGGAUUCCUGGUUGUACAAUAUGCCUUGGAUAAGGCCAUCAUGCUGUAUCAUGAGAACACUACUGGACAAAAGUUAUUUGAUGGUAUUAGCAUCUUUGUACAGAGGUUUCCAUACCCAGCUUAUUGUCAUGAUGGAUUACUUUGGAUCAUUAGUUCUUUUCUCCCUUUGAUAUUCAUGCUCAUGUUCUCUCCAAUUGUACUUUCCAAUAUUCGUUACAUUGUGUGGGAAAAGGAGAAAAGAUUGAAGGAAUACCAACUCAUAACUGGACUCAGAAACUGGAUGAUCUGGGCUGCCUAUUUCUUCACAUCCUUCCUUUGGUAUAUCAUUAUUAUCAUUUUGAUAUGUGUGCUGUUCUUUGCCAAGAUUUUUAAUAAGCCAAUCUUCCGCUACAGUGACUCUGGCUUCAUCUUUCUCUUUCUGAUGUGUUAUGCUGUUGCUUCAAUCUUCUUUGGAUUUAUGCUUAGCACAUUAUUCAGUAAAGCCCAUUUGGCUGCAUCUGCUGGAAAUAUCCUAUUUUUUGCCAGUUUCUUUCCAUUUAACUUCAUCGCUCAACGCUAUGGAGAAAUCACCCUCACUUACAAGGUGGCUGCCUGUCUCAGCUCAAACGUUGCAUUGGCACUAGGGAUUAAUCUUCUGCUCAAAUUGGAAGUAAGACAGAUUGGUGCUAAAUGGCAUAACUUUUGGACACCAGCCAGCCUUGAGGAUAACCUCGUCUUUGGCUAUCUAUUUGGAAUGCUUUUACUUGAUGCUUUCUUGUAUGGCCUUGUUGCCUGGUAUGUAGAAACUGUCUUUCCAGGGCGGUAUGGCUUGCCCCAACCAUGGUACUUUUUCCUUAAGUUACAUGGUAUGAGAUGGGAGUACAAGUUCAUUCUUUUGCAUGUGGAUAUCCUGUUGUCCCAGAAUCACUUUUUGAAGAGAAUAUUCAUUCCUCCAUUGAAUGCUCUUGACACCCUUGAGGAAAAUCCACUGGCCAUAAUUAAAUGGCAUUCAUACUGGUUUGGAAAACCAAGAAUUAGAAGGAAAAAAGAAAUUAAUGGCCCUGAGGGAAUUCAAAGCACCUAUUUUGAGGAUGAACCUAUUCACUUGGUAGCAGGUAUCCAGAUCAAACAUUUGCACAAGGAAUAUGAAGACAAUGUAGUGGUAAACAACUUGUCUUUGAAUCUGUAUGAGGAGCAGAUCACUGUUCUUCUGGGGCAUAAUGGGGCAGGAAAGACCACAAUUUUGUCUAUUCUGACAGGUCGUUUUCCUCCUACCAAAGGGAAGGCCUAUAUUGAUGGGUAUGACAUUUCAAGUAACAUAAUCGAGAUUCGAAAAAACUUGGGCUUCUGUCCACAGCAUGACUUGUUUUUUGAUGACUUGACAGUAUCCGAACAUCUUUUUUUCUACUCUGUGAUAAAAGGAAUACCUCAAAGGAAGUGUACUGUGGAGACUGACCAUAUGCUGUCUAUUUUUAACCUGCUGGAAAAGCAUGAUGCAUUUCCACAAGAACUGAGUGGAGGAAUGAAGCGCAAACUGUCCAUCAUUAUAGCACUAAUGGGAAGCUCCAAGGUACUGAUAUUUGAUGAACCAUCAUCUGGCAUGGACCCAACCUCAAGGAGGGUCUUCUGGCAUCUCCUUCAGCAGUAUAAACACAAUCGUACCAUCUUACUGACCACCCAGUACAUGGAUGAAGCUGAUAUCCUGGGUGACCGCAUUGCCAUCAUGAUCAAGGGUACCCUGCGCUGUUGUGGUUCUUCAGUCUUCCUGAAACGAAAAUAUGGUGCUGGAUAUCACAUAGUUAUGGAGAAGGAACCACAUUGUGAUGUAGAGAAGAUGUCUGCAUUGAUUCAGUAUUAUGUUCCAGAUGCCACUUUGGAGAAUGAUAUUGGAGAUGAAUUGUCAUUUAUGCUACCCAAAAAGUAUACAACAAGGUUUAAAGAUCUAUUUAAUGAGCUGGAAAUGAAACAGAAAGAUCUUGGCAUUGUCAGCUUUGUUGCUUCAAUCACUACCAUGGAAGAUGUUUACCUUAAGGCCAAUAAACUGGCAGCAUCCGAAUGGAAUAUUCAUGCUAUCCACUCCCCUUAUUUGAAAACCCAAAACAUAAAACGAGACAAGAAGCAGAGUAUGGAUAUGCCAAUAGAUUAUGAGAGACCACUUUCUUCCAGUUUGAAUGAAAUUGCUAACAUUAAAUUUAAUACUGGGUUUCCACUUUACUUCCAGCAAUUUUGUUCCAUGUUUAUAAAAAGGGCACUAUUCAGUUUGCGGAACUGGAAGUUGCUGUUGCUACAGAUAAUAGUAAUUUCAGUUGUCACUACGUAUCUCUUAAUAAGUCUGGAUUUAGGUCAUGGUGAUGUACCUGCCAGGAAAAUGGAUUUGAGUCAAUAUGGUCAAACCACUGUGCCUUACUCAAUUUCAGGAAAUUCUGACUUGGCUAUGAAACUCAUAAAGAACCUUGAGAUUUUUCUAAAGUCUAAGAAUCAAGAACUACGGGAAAUACCAGGUAAUGUAAAUAAUUACUUAAUGCAAAGUAAAGAGUGUCAUGACUUCUGCAUUAUUGCAUUCUCCAUUAAGGUUGAGGAAGAUAAAACAGUACUUACUAUUUUGUUCAAUAAUGAAGCAUACCAUUCAGCUGCAACAUCCCUGGCAGUAUUAGACAACAUACUUUUUAUGUCACUUUCUGGCUUAAAUGCCUCCAUUACAGUCUCCAACAAGCCUCAACCUCUCCCCAUCUAUGGUUCUAACAUGGUGCCUAUAAAUGGAUUACAAAUAGUAUUAUGUUUGGCUUUUGGCAUUUCCGUUGUGGUCGGUAACUUUUGUCUUCAGACAGUGAUUGAGAGAAUCAAUAAGUCAAAGCACAUCCAGUUCGUGAGUGGGGUCUAUGUACUUACUUACUGGCUUUCUGCUUUGUUGUGGGAUCUCAUCAGUUUCUUCAUUCCUUGCUGCUUACUACUGGGAGUAUUCACACUCUGUGAAGUGGAAGCAUUUGUUGUGAAUUACCACUUUCUAGACACACUGUUGAUCCUUAUGCUGUACGGCUGGUGUGUUGUUCCUUUCAUGUAUCUUGGAAGCUUCCUGUUUUCUAAUAGUACAGCUGCCUACAUCAAGCUUACUUUGUUUAACUACUUUUCAACCAUUUUCAGUAUCGUCAUUCACAGUAUAAUAAAACACCAUGAGACUGACUUUCACAUCUCCACCAGAAACUUUGUAAAUAAUGUACUGAUGGUGCUUCCUACUUACAACUUUGCAAUGAGUAUCAGCAGAUUCUUUGAUGACUAUGAAGUGAAAAAACUGUGUGCCAAGCAAUUUCAAAGUGUCUACCUAGACUGCAGUAAACCAUUUGUUCAGAACAAUGUCUAUAGUUUUGGAGAACAUGGGAUUGCAAAGUUCUUGAUUACAUUGGCUGUCAUGGGAUUACUUUUUCUCCUCUUGCUUUUAUCUCUGGAGACUGCAUUAUGGAGCCUGAAAAAUUUUAUAUUUCAUAACAUUGUAUCUAAUGUCUAUAAGAAAAUCAUGAAAAGAAAGGCUACAGUGUCCAACCAAGUAAUAGAAGACUGUGAGGAUGAAGAUGUAAAAAAUGAAAGAAACAGAGCACAGAAAAUGCUUCAAACGUUGGAGGAAAGCCCUCUGCUUCUUCAAGAACUUAAGAAGGUUUAUUUUAAGUGUCCCGCUGUGCAGGCAGUAAGAAAUAUCUCCCUUGUAGUCAACAAGUCAGAAUGCUUUGGAAUAUUUGGCUUAAAUGGAGCUGGGAAAACUACUACAUUCAAAAUGUUGACUGGAGAACAGACUACCACCUCUGGAGUUGUAUUAAUUGAUGGCAUUAACAUCAAUGAAAAUAUCAGAAAGGUUAGGUCAAGAAUUGGCUAUUGUCCUCAACUUGACUCCAUGCUGAACCACAUGACAGGUCGGGAAUUGCUGAUCAUGUAUGCCAGACUUUGGGGGGUCCCUGAGUCAAAUAUUUGCAAGUAUGUUGAAGCCUUUUUGCAUUCAGUGCACCUAGAAGCCUAUGCUGACAAGUUUGUUUACACAUACAGUGGAGGACACAAACGUAGACUUAAUACUGUUAUUGCCCUCAUGGGAAAGUCCUCAGUUGUCUUCCUGGAUGAGCCAUCAGCUGGCAUGGAUCCAGUGGCCAGACAUCUCCUCUGGGACACCAUUACAUGGAUCUGUAAAACUGGUAAAGCUAUCAUCAUAACUUCCCACAGCAUGGAAGAAUGUGAGGCCCUCUGUACUAGGCUGGCCAUCAUGGUAAAGGGGAGGUUCAUAUACCUAGGCAGUCCUCGGCACCUCAGGAACAAGUAUGGUAAUAUAUGCACUCUGACAGCAAAAAUUAAUAUUGAUAAGGAUGAAGAGAAAUUACAGAUGUUCAAAAAUUUCAUUGAAAAAACUUUCCCAGGUAACAUCAUAAACCAGGAGUAUCAAGGGACUAUUAUCUGCCACAUUCCCAGCAAGGAAAUUCGCUGGGGAAAGGUGUUUAGUAUUUUGGAGGAAGCUACAGUGCUAUUCAAUUUAGAAGAUUAUUCCGUCAGUCAGAUAACACUAGAAGAAAUCUUCCUGACUUUUGCUGAUAUUGAUAGAAGGGAAAAUGAUGAUCAAAUAAAUCUGCUAUGACA